CGCAUUUGAUGGGAUGCGGAGCGGUGAUGCUCUGCAGCGUGAUGCCAGUGGCUUCGACUUAGCCCGGAUGUGGGGAUAGUGCUGCAGGGUCCACCACGCCACCUGCAGCCGUACGGCCUAGGCGUCGACUCGACCCUGCAUGCAUUGCGAGCUGGUGAAUCCACUAUACUUCAUCCCCGUCCCUCGUUGAUAGUGAUCACCUCUCUGCUACCGAGACGUGUGGCGUGUGGGUGACGAAGCAAUAUGGCGGCAUCAACUCUCGCCCCCAGCAGCGGCGGCAUACAAGCGCCUCCCAUGGUCGAGUACGGCGAAGACAGCGCGGAUCACGAUCUAAUCAAUGGCGUCGACGCCACCAUUACUCCUCAAGACGAAGGCGAAGGUGACGGCGACGGCGACUUUGACGACGACGAAGGGUAAUUCGCUGCUCCCUUCACCCCAACUCCACGUCAUAUUUGGACUAACGGCCCACAGCUAUGGCGCAUCAGAAACGGGCUCAUUCAUCUCCGUCCUUUCCUCCGUGAGAAACGGCGUACGGGAGAACGGACGCCUGUAUCCCUCCUACGGCAAAUACGAAUACGGCCUGCCCAUGGACGAAAGCGAGCUGGACCGCAACCAGCUCCAGCACCACAAAUUCACCCUCCUGCUCAAUCACCGCCUCUACCUCGCCCCCAUCCCCGACUCCGUCCUCGAGCAACCCGGCAGCCGCGUGCUCGACAUGGGCACCGGCAACGGCGUCUGGGCCAUCGACAUGGCCGACAAAUUCCCCCACGCCGAAAUCAUCGGCAACGAUAUCGCCGCCGUGCAACCCUCCUUCGUGCCCCCCAACUGCAUCUUCGAAAUCGAGGACGUCGAGGAGGACUGGCCCUAUCCCCGACAAUACUUCGACUUCAUCCACGGCCGCGAAUUUCUCUACGCCAUCCGCGACUGGCCCCGCCUCAUCUCCCAGGCCCACAACGCCCUCCGCCCCGGCGGCUGGAUCCAGCUCGCCUCUUCAUACCCGCUCCUCCGCAGCGACGACGACACACUACCCCCCAACAGCGCCCUGCUCGAAAUCACCGACUCUUUCAUCGAGAUCAGCGAAAAGGCGGGUGCAUCCGUGCACGCGCUGCGCGAGUGGAAACACCAACUCACCGACGCCGGCUUCAUCAACGUCGCCGACGUCGUGCUCAAAAUUCCCAUGAACGGCUGGCCGAAAGACGACUUGCUGCGCCAGGUUGGCGAGCUCGAGGAGUGGAUGCUCCGCGAUGGGAUGGAGUCGCUCAUGCUCCGCGGCUGGACGCAGGUGCUGCAUCGCCCGGCGGAAGACCUUGCUUUGUACAUUGCAUUGGCCAAGAAGGAGCUCCGUGACACGAGCGUGCAUAGCUACAUCUUCUUUCACAUUACGUAUGGGCAGCGACCUUGGAGUUGAUAUUGGGGUGGGUCUUUUUGUGUUGGAAAUCGUCAAGCGCUUUUGGUGUAAAUGGACGGGGGCAUUUCUCUUCGAGACGGAUAUAAUGAGCGUCAUGAUGUUGGGACAGCAGAUUGCGCGACUCGUGGAUGCGCCAGCAUUGCAAGGGGCCGGUCGAUCAGACACAUAGCAAGAGACAGAGUAAGCCGCAAGGCUCGGGGACGAUUCAAACGCACGUUGAUUGGGAAAGAGGCACGACUUCAUUCGAAACAUCUAGAGUCUAACAUUCUCAAGACUCAAC